AGCUCACACACAACAAGACUGAACACAAUGCUUCUACAGAGCCUAUGGGACUUCAUCCUGGGACAUCAUGCGUGGCUCAGAUCACCUUUCUUCCCUGUGCUUUUCUCCCUCAGUGUCUACCUCACCUUCUGCCUGCCCUUCGUGGUGCUGGACCUCCUCUCCCCCAGGCUGGCCUGGAUCAGGACCUUUAAGAUCCAGCAGAAGAGCCACGUCUCCUGGACCAUGAUGUGGAGCUGCCUGGCUCUCUCCCUCUACAACCAUGUAGUGUUCCUCUUCCCUCUCACUGUGCUGCACUGGUUCUGGAGACCAGCCACCUUUAUGCCCGAGGCCCCCGGAACUCUGCGUCUCAUCUGGGACGUGGUCGCCUGCCUCCUGCUGUUCGACUUCCAAUACUUCAUCUGGCAUCUGUUGCACCAUAAGGUGCCCUGGCUCUACCGGGCGUUCCACAAGGUGCACCACAAGCACACAUCCACCUUCGCCCUGACCACUGAGUACUCUGGGGCCUGGGAAACCCUGUCUCUGGGAUUCUUCGCUGGGGUCAACCCUCUGCUGCUGGGCUGCCACCCCCUGACAGAGAUGCUCUUCUAUGUUCUGAAUAUCUGGCUUUCUGUGGAGGACCACUGUGGCUAUGACCUGCCCUGGUCCACGCAUAGACUGGUGCCCUUUGGGCUCUACGGUGGAGCUCCGCACCACGACCUGCACCAUCUAAAGUUCAAGUCCAACUAUGCUCCGUACUUCACACACUGGGACAGGGUUUUUGGGACAUUGCACAAGCAUUCAGACUGAAUUUCUGCACAGAAGAAAGUGCAAUUGGACAUGUUGAAUAUCUUUUAUGUUAAAAGGAUGGGAUGCAGAGAGCAUCACUUUGUGAUACAUUGUAUGAUAUGCUGAUGUUAUUUAGCAUAGUAAAGAUAAAGCUGUAUUUAAGUUUUUUUAUUUUAUUAAACGUGUUAUUUAUUAUGGCAUAGCCUGACUGCAGAUUUUCUAUGACAGUUAUAUAUGAAAGUUAUCCCUAAAGAUUCAGAGAUGCUCGUUUACUGAACUAUCGGAAUGAUUUUGACUGGGGUUGAAUGACUGAAAACUAUUGUGAAUGAUUGUGUUGACUUCUCAGUGCUACUGGGUGAGCAUCACAGAACAAAAUGUUCAGCUGUUUCAAGCUGUAUGCACUAUUAACAAGAGGUAACCCUCAACAUUUUAGUUACAAAACAAGAUGUAAUAAAACUUGUGACCUAAAUAUUUGUGUGGCUCGCUUUCAUUCAUCAAAAUGUUUCCGUACGUAAGCCUAUUUGUUUAUACGAUGUUGUUGAUUUAUAGAGAUGGCUGUUUUCAGAUACAGCAACGCUGCAUGCUGCACAACCAUGAUGGUUUCCUAUGACGCAUACAUACGUAAAUAUCAUUUGUAUGUAGUAUUUUGAAACCCAUGAGUGUGCCACCGUGCACCAAAUUCCCUUUGUCUGGUGACUGAAGCUAUGUGUUAUUUUGUUAAUCAUGUAGAAGAAAAAGAAACG